CAUUAAAUAAAAAAUUUAAAUAUAUAUUUAAAUAGUUUAUAUAAUUUGUAUAAUUACAAUUUCUAAAAUAAAUAAAAACAGAUAAUCAUUAUUUUUUUUUAUAGUUGGUUUUAAAAAAAAAAUUUAAAAAAAUUUAAAAAAUAAAAUUAAAAAAAAAAAAACUUUUUUUUAAAUUUUUUAAGUUAAUUUUUCUUUUUUUUUUUUUCUGUUAUUUAAAUUUUUAUGUGUGUAUUUGUAAAAUAGAAUAUUUUAGAUUUGGCUUUACUUUCGCAUAUAUAUAAUUAAAUUAACUCAAUAGACACUAACACACCCAAACAAUAAAAAUUUAAAAAUAAAAAAAAUAAAAAACCAACACCUCAAUAAUAAUCACACUGUUAAAAAAAAUUCAAGAAAUCAUAGAAAAUAAAAAAAAAAAAAAUUAUACAAUUGUUAUUGAAAAUAACAUUAGUAAUUUGUGGGGUAGAGGGGGUGUUAAAUAAAACAAAAAAAAACAACUGUAAAACACCUCUCAACAGAAAAAAAGAAAAUAGUAAAUUUUAUUAAACAAAAAAAAAAAAAAAAAAUUUAUAAACAAAUAAUAAUAUAUAAAUAAAUUAAAUAAAUAAAUAAACUGUAAAAUAAAUAAUAAUAUAUAAAUUGUAUAAAUGGAAAAUAUAGCAAUUACAAAAGUUGAUGAAGAUAUUACACCAAGCAGUUCAGUAAAUAGUAAUUAUAAUCAACCAGUUUCAUUAACACCAUACAUAUCAUCACCUGCAUCAUCGUCACCAUCAAUUCCACCACAAAAGAAAAAAACAAUUGAAGAUUUUAUAAUUGGCAAAGUUUUAGGAGAAGGUUCGUAUGGCGCAGUAGUAUUGGGUACUGAAAGGGAAACCUGUGUACAAUAUGCAAUUAAAAUUUUAGAAAAAAAACAUAUUAUCAAAGAGAAUAAAAUUAAAUAUGUUCAAAUCGAAAAAGAAAUAUUUUGUAAAUCAAACCACCCAAAUAUUGUAAAAUUAUUUUUUACAUUUAGAUCGGAAACCUGUUUAUACUAUGUAUUAGAGUUAUGUCCUCAAGGUGAUUUAUUACAUCAAAUUAAAAAAGUAGGAUCAUUUGAUUACAAAUCAACACAAUAUUAUAUAGCAGAAAUUAUUAGCGCAUUAGAACAUUUGCAUGGUCUUGGUAUUGUCCAUAGAGAUUUAAAACCAGAAAAUAUUUUAUUAUCAGGCGAUAUGCAUAUUAAAAUUACAGAUUUUGGUACUGCAUCACAACCAUCACACCCAACACAACCAACUAGAGCCAAUUCAUUUGUUGGUACUGCAGAAUAUGUUUCACCGGAAUUAAUAAGCAAUAAGGAAACAUCAACUGAUUCAGAUUUAUGGGCAUUGGGUUGUAUUAUAUAUCAACUAGCUACUGGUAAACUACCUUUCCGUGGUAAAACAGAGUUUUUAACAUUCCAAAAAGUAUCCAAUAGAGAUUUGGUUUACCCAUUAAAUAUGAACCCAACUAUUAAAGAUUUAGUUGAAAAACUAUUAGUGGUCAAACCAUCAGACCGUUUGGGUUCUAAAACUGCACCUGGAGGAUUCGAUAAUUUAAAAAAUCAUCCAUUUUUUGAAGGCAUAGACUGGAAUAAUCUUUCGAAUACCCAGCCACCAUUAAUCAAAGCACCAACCGAAAAAAUAAUAUUUGAAGAUGAUUUACAACAACAACUAUCAUCAUCAACAAUCUCACCAACACUCGAAUGUAUAACACCAAGAAACUUUAUUAGCAACGACUUAUCAUCACCAUUAUCAUCCUCACAAUCACAAAUUCAAACAUUAACAACUAUCAAUACUGUAAAUAGCGGAAAUAGUAGUAAUAGUUUAGUUGAUCAACAAAAAAAAUGGUCAAAUUUAAUAAACAAAGAUGAAACUAUUGUAUGUCAAGGUUUAGUUUGGAAACGUAAAGGCUUUUCAAUUAAAAAGAGACAAUUGAUUUUAACAGAUACUCCAAGACUUAUUUAUAUUGACCCAAAAAAAAUGGAAGUUAAAGGCGAAAUCCCUUGGUCAAAUCAAAUUAAACCCAAAUUAAAAUCAAAUAAUAAUUUUGUUAUUCAAACACCAAAAAGAAAAUAUCUUUUAGAAGACGUUGAUCAUAAUCCACAAAAAUGGGUUGAUGCAAUUAAAAAUGUAUUACUACAAAAUAAAUAAAUAAAUAAAUAAACAAAUCAUAAAAAAAUAAAUCAUGGAAAAAAAAACAUCAUAACACAAAAAAAAAAAAAUAUAUUAAAACACAUAUAAAAAAAAAAAAAAACUAAUUUAUUGUUUAUUUUUUUUUUUUAUUUAUUUAAUAAUUUUUUUUUAGAUAAAUAAAUUAAUAUAAUUUUUUUUAUUCAAUU